GCGCGACUACAUCCAAGUUUCAACAAUCAAAGCCAAGAUGCUGGAAGAAGGGCAUUGGAAUAUUAUCACGGCUUCACUUCAAGACGUGUGUAAUACCAAUGAAUCAACCCACUUUGAUAAUAUUUACGCCGAUUAUUUAUCAGAUCCUAGCAAGAUACCAACCUCCGAAGAAGAGUUAGAGAAGUUAGUCAAAGAGGUGUCAGACCAUAAGAGCAACAUCGAAACUGCCAAAAGACUUAUUGAAACAUGCCAGCAAAAUCUUCAGAUUCUUAUAACGAGUGUUCAGAAACAUUCUAGUGCAAUAAAUACCAGGCAAUCCAGAGGUUCUACCGCUAAGAUCGAAACAAACACAUUGUCAACCUCUACUCCCGGUAAUAAGGCUGUUUCAAAAUCGAACACCAAAAAGCAGAAGAAGGUUGGAAGACUGUUCCAUACGUCGAAGCUAAACUGGUCAGAACCUAUCAUUGUUGGUUCAGAAGUUGCGUACAAAUUGAGGAACAGACAUUCCGAAGAAUGGAUUCAGUGUGAGGUGACGAAAAUAAUUGGUGAUGGAGUUAAGUUUGAAGUUAGAGAUCCUGAACCAGAUGAGAAUAACAACCCUGGACAAACCUUCAAAGCGAACUACAGAGAAGUGAUUUUGAUAGUUCCCGAAGCAGAAAUUGCUCUGAAUCCAAAGAUCCUACCAAAUUAUACAUAUGGAGCUAAAGUUCUUGCUCGGUACCCAGAAACCACCACUUUCUAUCCAGCAAUGGUAGUUGGUACCAAGAAGGAUACUACUGUCAAAUUGAAGUUUGAUGGGGAAGAAGAAGCCAACAAGGAAACUGAAGUCGAGAGAAGAUUAGUUUUACCAUUUCCAGAAAAGAGUUAGAUUGCCUCUAGUGUACAAUAAUGUAAUAUAAGAACACCAAACAUAAGUAUGUCGACUUAGAUUCCUCUCGAAAGCAGGUUUGUCCCCUUAUAUAGGGCAGAAUUUACGAGAUAGUCGUGCGUAGCGUGUGGGUGCUUUGAUGUUGAAAAGACCUCGCACUUUUUCAACAACUAAAGUUAGAAAAUUACGCUGGAAGACACUAGACAUGGACAUUGACGACUAUUCAAGAGAUCGCUCACGUUCUCCAGUCAGAAACAGGUCAAGAUCCCCCGUGGAUAGAAACAGAGAUAGAGAGGGAGAGUCCUAUACUUCUGGUGGAAGAAGAGACUACGGGUCAGAGAGAAGUUACAGAGGGCGUGGAAGAGGCAAUGUCUAUAGGGGUCGUGGAGGUAGAGGUGGAGGAUUUGGCACUAGAGGUGGUAACAGGGGAGGUUAUAAUAGCUCAUAUACGAGUUAUGCAACACCCGAAGAAGCUGCUAUUGAGUACAAGAGUAAAACAGAAAGGAACUACGAUAACUCCAUCUUCAUUGGAAACAUUCCUUAUGAUGCCGGCCCUAAAGACAUUGAAGAUAUGUUCAAAGGGCA